UUUUUCGUUUUUACGUGAUACCUACGUUUUUCGGGUGACGAUCUACAAUUGCUUCAAAAAUCAAUCUGAAUCUAGCUCCACCGUCGAAUGAGCUUAAAAUUGGUUUUUCAUUUUCAUUGUGACGUUCAUGGUGGUUAUUUUAAUUCAUGACUUUAUUACAAAACCGAAACGCUUUAUAAGCGUUUGUUAAUUAUUUUUUGUCUUGUUUAAUGCAUUACAGUGUGCUGUAUAUUCGUAUUUUGUAGUUCGUCUAAUCGAGUCUAUAUAUACCUACGGUUUCCCUAUACGUAAUAAAUAUUGCAGGAAUUUAAGAACUAAAGUGGCCCUCGAUGGGAAACAAAACUGAUGGGACUUCGAAGUUCAUCGUUGGCCAAGAAAAACGACGAUACACUGACAUGGGUGUUGCACAGAAGGGACUUUUGUCAACAAGAGCCCGGCCAGAAGCCUCGUGAAACGAAAUCGUACGGCGGUUCAACAUCGUCCGAGUACCGCGGAAGAAGGCACAAUAACCAUGUUCAAAGGAAAAGGAGAAACCACGUGCAUUCAAACAUAUUGGACUAUGGCAAGCCCGAGCAGACAUACGGCUACGGAAUAUCUGAUUUGGACGAAUUCCUUUCAAAAUCGUCGAUCGGCCGGCCGGGCAACAUACCGAUGGUGCUGUGCACGGGCUGUCUGCUGUACCAGACGCAGCUCGACGACCACUACCAGACGGAGGUGGCGCUGCCGCUCGGCAUGGUGGUGAACGCGGUUUUCAAGAACGAGCAGUGGCUGUACGUGCAGACGCCGCACGCCGAAGAGGGAUACAUACCGUACGGCAGCUGCUUGCCGCUCGGUAUCGUGCCGCCGCCGGACGCGGCCCGGGCGCCGUGCUGGGAGACCCAGUCCGACGUGUUCCCGCGGCCGGUAGGCGACCGGCGCCGUCGCGGCCGCGGUCACCGGGGCGGCAGCGUCGUCGCCGGCAGAGGCGGCGGCGGCGAUUACGAUCACGAUAACGACGACGGUGACGGUGACGACGACGACGACGACGACGACGACGACUACGACUACGACUACGACGAAGACAACGACCACGACUACCAGGACGACCGAGACGUGGCCACGUUGCUGUUCCGGCGUCGCCGCUGUGGACGGCACCCGCCGCCGACGAUCCGGCGAACCUCUGCCGCCACUAGGUCCGUCACCGGCUACGGAUACUUGUGACGGCGUCGUCGUCACGCUGUGCAAUAUUCGUUGGUAUAAUCGCGUGUACAGUCUGCGGCGCCGUUCGAUAAAUAUAAUGUGUCAUGAUAAUAUUGUGUUACACUGUCCGCCGUCGAAAUCGCAGGGGCGUGCCGGACUGCAGCGUUUCGGCGCCGCGGAGGUUUUAAGCGCUGCAGACGGUACGGCCGUAAUACGUCCGUUCUACAAUGUCCGGGCGGUACCACUACAAUAGUUAUACAGAAUUUGUUGUGUACAUCGUAACGGUUAUGACUUUGGCUAUUGGCGGCAGUUGUACACCUAUUACGCGACCAUAAUAUUGUAAUAUAUAAUAAUAAUAAUAAUAAGACGAUCAUUGUCCGUUGAAAUAUAUUAUAUUACGUUAUUUAUGUAAUUCAUGUAUAACUAUAAAUUAUAAUGUUUAAAACCGAAUUUCUUAUACUUCUGUACCACCUAUACACCUUAUGUCUGUACGUUGGUCUUGUCGGCCGAUUAAAACGUAAAAACGCAUUAUCCCGGUACGGUAGUUAUCCGCAAUAUUUUAAAUUUUUCAAAGGACCAAUUCGUUUUAAUAUUAAAUAUAUAUCAGUCAUAUCGAC